AUGCUACAUUUAACAAAUGAAUUGUUCAAUGAAUAUGUAGAAGCUUUUCAGGAUGUUAUUUUGACGAAUUGCCGUUCCAGCAAUCGCAUGGUGUACUUUGAUGUAAUAUAUUCUUAUGUUAAAAGGAAAGGAAAUAAAUCCUACAUCAUGACACAUGCUCGAUUAACUAAAACUGUUGACAUUAAUUUUACAAUAUGCUUUGACGAUUUUUAUAGUGUUCCUGUAUUCCAUUUCAGGCUCAAAAUAGAUGGUGUGAUAUUAUUUUCUACUGAUUUAAUUUCAAAAGCCAACCUGGUGUUGGGAAUCAAGAAUGUUGCUGGUUUUACGCUUGAGGCUCACCCUUUGUUUGAUGAUACAUGGUUUUUAGUACAUCCUUGUGAAGCUUUGUCGUCUAUUGAUAAUUUGCUAGAGCCAAUAGAGAUGCAAUCAUUAGAUAGUGUAGUAAGUUAUUUUGUGUUCUGGUAUAAUACCUUUGGCUUAUCUAGUGUGAUCGAGUGCCUAAGCAUUAGAACUAGUCAAUACAGUAUUUGA